CAUAUACAUUUUCCAUAAAAUAAAGAAUUUUUAUUCAUUGGAGAUGAAGAUAGUUGGAUUGAUUUCAUUGGCCCUUGUGACCUUUUAUGUGGCAGAUGCUCAACAGACACUAUUUCAUGUCAUUCAUACGCCUCAUCAAAAAAUGGGCAUUCGUUUUGAAGGACAAAAUCAAAUUCAUGCCUUAAAUAAUUCCCUAUCCGAUAGUCUUGUGUAUGAAGGUCAAUUCGACAUGAUGGGUCGAUACCAAUAUGUCGUGCUUGACAGCACAAACAAACUGAUCGACAGUGAACCUUUUUUCCGCACUCAUUCAUCCCUGUAUGAAUUCUAUGGUCGUGCUGUCACACAAAGACAAGAUGUGCAUCGUUUAUCGCCUGUUGACUAUGGAUCCAACAACACCUAUUAUAAAAAAGCAGUGUCUCGCAACCAAGUCCAUCCGAUGAACGAAAUCCCUACGUUUCAUGUCCAUCUUGACCCAGACGAUUACAAACAGCUACACGACAAGAUACUAGAAGAGCCUGUCUUGACGGUCAAUCUGACCCGUAUCACAUCAGACCGUAUCGAGCACUACCAUCAGCUUGAAUUUGCCUUGGGUGGACAGACGUCGAAAUUGUUUAGAAAACUGUCGUACAGCAUGAACUUGGCUCAAGGUGAAUCGAUCGAUGGGUUUCAGCGGUUCAAGAUUCGCUCCUGUGUCACCGACCCUAGCUUUCUGCGUGAAAAAAUGUAUUAUGACAUGUUGGAAGCGGCUGAUAUUCCUACUUCACAAGCAUCGUUUAUUCGGUUGUUUAUCAAUGAUGAGCCCCAAGGUCUUUAUUCCCUUGUUGACCAUUACAAAGGUCCUUUUCUCAAGAACAUGUUUGGUCAAGGCCAUGCAGACUAUCAAGCAGGUACAUUGAUUCAAGGUCAAAUGCAAGAGAAUCCAUUGGCCAAAGGCAUCUUGGCCUCAGGUGCCAAUCUUGAAUACCAUGGUUCAGCCGUCCAGGACUAUUAUGAAGGAAAGACCAGUGCUUAUAAGAUGCUGCCUAAAAAGAAUGCCACGGACGCAGAUGAUUUUGAAGUCUUGGUGUCCUUGAUUGAUUUUGUGCAUCAAGACAAGACAGGCAUGGAUCAAGAAGCAGUAUUAGCAUCAUGGAAUAAACGAUUGGAUGUGUCUUUGUUCUUGAGGAACAUGGCAUUUGAAAUCUUGUUGGGCCAUGUGGAUGGUUAUAUGGGAGCAGCCCAUAAUUACAUGAUCUAUCAAGACCCAGAUCAAGACGGAAGACUGGUUUGGCUCUCUACAGACCUGGACCAAACCAUGGGAAGUACGCUGAGAGAAAGACGGACAACAGUCACUACUCGGUUUCAACAGCUGGAUCGUUUUGGCGUAUUUGAUCGCAUUCAAAAGCGACCUCUUGUGGCUGCCUUGUUUCAAUUGCCUGUCGUUCAACAAGAAUUCAGUCAGAUCUUGACUGAUUUCAAUACAGCAUUCUUUCAAUCCAAUGCAGUGUAUGAUCACCUUGUUUACAUGAAGGCAUGGAUAGGCCAAGAUGUUGGCUGGGAUCAAUCCUUGGAUAGAUAUCGAGUGGACCAUUUUAAAGAUAAACAGGUCUAUCAAGAGGAAUUGAAUCAACGUGUGCUUCAAUUGCCUUUAGGACAUGAUUUUAUGAGUCGAAUUGAAGAUAAAUCUAUUGAUUUUGAAACAGCAAUUCAAGGAAAUAUUGAAGGACAUCCUUCCAUUACUUCUUUGUAUCAUUGGUUUAGCGAAACAAUCAUGUCAGCUAGAAUUAUUGCUCAAAUUGUUGUUUCUUUGGGCUCAGUUGUGACAAGAGCAUUUGUUGCAGCCUAUAAACAAGCUGCUGCGAAUGCUGCCAAGAAUGGAGGAGCUGCUCCUUCUGGUAAUGGAAGAGCAAGUGCGAAAGAGACAGUGAUGGACGUCUUGACUCGUAAGACGGGUAUGUCUAUGGAAGAAGCUUGUCAGAUUUUGAAUGUAACAAAAGAUGCUGAUCUUUCUAAAAUCACCAAGAAUUAUGAGCAUCUGUUUGGUGUGAAUGAACCUGCGAAGGGUGGCUCAUUUUAUCUUCAAUCUAAAGUAGUGAGAGCCAAAGAAAGAUUCGAUAUGGAAAGAGCAGAAGAAUUAAAGGCAAAGGCAGCUCAAGAAGCAGCAACAGCAGCAGCGAAAGAAGCUCAAGGUACAACACCACCUCCACCUCCUAAUGCAUCAUAGAACUCUUCUUAUAGAACAACACAAUCUUAUACAUAUAUAUAUAUAUUUGUAUCAUAUUUGACAUAAU